UUCUCUAAAUCGGGUUAACACAGGGAAGGAUACCACUCCGAAAGAUGUAUGAUUAGGUCACUCGUGUUGAAUAAUCAUGUGUUGAAUAAUCAUGUAUAAUGGAAAAAUACGAGUGAAGAACUGCGGGUACAUGUUGCAGUGCUCGUCGCACGUUAGAAAAAUAACAACAACAGAGCAUUCAGCAGAAAUGAUUGCUUUAGUGGUGAUUGGUUAAAAUAGUGCGUCGCCAUUAUGCCAUUGAACAUCGUUGAAGAUGGGAUGAAAACAAGAGAAAGAACAAAACUGCGUUAAAUGCUGUCAUAAGUACUCAAACAGAGGAAUGGCGUCACUGAUCAAGAACCAGAUCCUUAAACAUCUCUCAAAGUUUACCAAGAAUCUAUCAGCAGAUAAGAUUAACCUGAGCACAUUCAAGGGAGAAGGUGAGCUCACCAACCUAGAACUCAAUGAGAAUGUAUUAAUGGAGCUGCUGGAUCUUCCAACAUGGUUAAGGCUUAGCAAAGCUGUGUGCAACCGGGUGUCAAUCAGGAUUCAUUGGACAAAACUGAAGAGUCAACCCAUCUGUCUUUAUCUAGAUGAGGUGGUAGUAGAGAUGGAGACCUGUGAUGAGCCAAGGAAACCACAGAACCUGGAUGGCAUGCCAAGCUACAGCUCUGGAGGCAAAUAUGGUUUUUUGGACAAAGUGGUGGAUGGAAUGUUUGUAUCAGUGAAUUCUGUCCUUGUAAACUUUAAGGCACAUGCCUUUCAUGGUUCUAUUCAAAUGUCAAGAAUCCGAGUUGAGAGUAAGAAUCCAUUAUGGCGUCAGGUCAGUGACAUUCGCCAGGGCCGAAUAAAAGACCAAGACCGUGGUCUCCUGUUGCUGUUCAAAGAAGUGGAGUGGCAGACGUUACGUAUCGAAGCCAGUGCUCUCUCCUCACAUGACCCAGAUUUGGCCAGCACUCCUCUCAGACUCAUCACAAAUCAGUCCAAGAUAAGAAUUACUGUAAAGAAGACACUGUCAGACUGCAGUAUAGUUUCCUCUAAAGUUCAGCUAAUUUUGGAUGACUUACUGUGGGUGCUGACUGACUCCCAACUGAAAGCAGUCAUUCUGUAUGGGAAGUCCUUGAAAGAAGUGCUCCAAAAAUCUGCAGAUCAAAGUAAAGAAAGUGCACUCGAAAAACUACAGAAACAAGGUCACAUUCAAGGCUCAAAGGAAGAUAAUAUUAAGCUACAGCAGCAACAUCAACAACAACAACAACAAGAAAAGCAUUCCAGUAAACAUUUGGAGUUCAGAAAGUUUUUUGAUAAGUAUGAUGUGAUUGAGACAUCUUAUCACAUAUUCUUGGGGAGGAUAGACCUACAUUUGUGCAAUGAAUUCAGCCAUAGCAAUGAGGGGUCAUCUUGUCCAGGCAAGAGCAGUCUCCUUGAUGGCGGUGCCAUGCAGAUAACACUACACAGGAUAUCUUUGGACCACUAUCCUUUCCAUCCCUCCAGCAAUGAAAGGAAGCAUUUUGUGAAGUUCAAUGAUGACUUACAAGCUCGGAAUGAGUGGACACAAGUCCUCCUGAACAGAUUCAGAGAAGAACUCCGGGAGAUUACAAAGCAGAGCCCACCUGUUUCACCCUUUCACACAAGCAAUGCUCCGAAGGCAGCUAAUCACUCUCAGUCUACCCAAGAUCAAUAUAAUUCACCCAGAGCUCAAGGUCAUAAAAGCCAUGGACAAAAAGUGCAAUCAGCAACCAAACUGCAACCACAGAAACCAGCCAAACUGCUAGAGAGCUGUUUUAUCUUCAGAAUGGAGGAUUUUAUAUUAUAUAAAGUUUCUACUUCUUCUGACAACAAGAAGGCAGGACCAAAAAAGUUUUUCUGCUCUGACAAGAAAUCCCUUCACCUGCCUCCUGAAAUGUCAUCUAUUCAUGUAGAGUAUACAAGUUACUAUUUUCCUCAAGGAGUAGACUACCCAGUGCCUAGUUCCAAUCUGUUUGUAAAGGUGACACCCUUCCAGUUGACUGUGGACUACAGGACAAUAUUGUGGUUGAAUGCUUUCAUGCUAAGUUUAGCUCAUACUGCUGAUAUAGAAAUAGAAGAUGGACCAAAGGAGCAUGUGGAUAUCAGAAUAGACCUACUGAUGCCAAAGCUGAUCUUGCCAGCUGAGAAAUCAGUAGAAGACCAGCCAGAUCGUCCUGACAGCCUACACAUCCAUGCUUCCAGGAUGAUCAUCACCAAUGUGGAGGACAAUGACAAGGCCACACUCUCACACCUGGAUCAACUGGUGAAGAAACAAACUAGUGCCAAACUCUUCUGCUCAACAGGCUUUCCAAACAUGAAAGAGGAUCUGGAGUCAUUGCCAGACAUCUAUGCAACACAUGUCUCAAAGAAACAUGGUGUCUAUCUUAACCCUUUACCAGUUUUAAAUGGAGUCAGUACAGAUGCCAAGUUGGGUAAGGCUGAUGAGAACUCUCCACUGAAAGGUGCCCCACUGCUUCGGCUACUGGGGACUAAUGCCUUGAAACAUGAUGGAACCAAGGACGUAUGGUGUGCAGUGAUUGAGCAACUGUGGCUGGACUUUGGUGGCGUCCAGGUGUCAAAGCACAGGCCGGUCCCCUUUGUGGAGUCCUUCCCGCUGACAUUAUGGGUUGCCUUACCACUCCUUAGCAAUGGUACGGGAAAUAGAACUGAAACUGAGAAGAAGACUUGUAAUAAUAACGGUGUCCUUGAGAUGAAUACUACUCAGGAAAGUCAUUCACCAGAUAAGAAUGAUAGGUUAAGUGAUGUGAAUAUAAUUGUUGAUACUGCAGACAAAGUGUGUGUUCAGCUCAAUCACUAUCAGUUUCUGUUCCUGAUGAGACUGAUUGAGUCAGUGACAGAAUUACAGAAAAAAUUGGAAGAGGAUACAAUCAGCAUUAUGCAGAAGGAGAUAGAGGCCAAAAAGAUAUGUGUUGGUCUCGUCUUGCCCGAAUUAGAGCUCGCUCUUGUGUUUCCCCCUGUGCAGACAUUGGUGCCAAACAUUUCUCGUGAAGGGACAGAUUCUGAUGAUCUGGGGGAGGUGUCAGGUGAUGGAAUGGCACGGCAAGAAGAAUCAGGAGAAAAUUCUGCCAGCCCAAGGUCUACCAUUCCAACAAGUUCAGAGGAGAAGAAAAUGGACAUUCAGCUCUCACCAGAUGGCAUUGUGAUCAGAUCCCGCAGUGAUACAGACAUUCUGGAAGCUACUGCAAGUGAGAUGUUAAUAGAACAGACUAGGAAAAUAACAUCUGAAGCUUCUGCACAAACCAGUAGUCAAACAAGAGGUCAGACAGAUGUUGAUCUGCUUUUGCAAGUGAAAAAUGAUGGCAGCAUUACUAUGACAAAUGUGCCUCACGAGGUCACCAAGGGGCAGUCUAAAAGUCCAUCGGAUGGACAUAGCUUAGAGAGAGUUCACAGUGACACUGACAUGGUGGAGAAACAAAGCCAGAUCAUGUCCAGAUCACUGACAGAGAAGUACCCAUCUCUGCCUAAACUUUCUGAGAGAUCCAAGAGGCCAUCUGGAUCUUCUUCUGAUGGGAAGAAGUCGGGUAUCCUUUCCCUUCCGAGCUUGGACAGAUUUAGUCGCCUGAAGCAGGGGCUGAUGAAACGCGACUCGGAGGAUGAGGUGGACAGGAUGUCAGUAAGGAGCGGACUGUCUGACGAUGACGAGGACUUUGUGUUGUUGGGGGCAGACACGCUGGAAGAUGAUGUGGACAGUCUGGUGGGGUUUGGUCAGGGAAGGUCAGACACAGCCUCCCAGGACCCAGACACUGCUAGUGUGACCACACUGAGCAGUGUGCAGGACAAGUUGAGAGACCUGGUAUCUGUGACAACAUUCAAUCUGCUGAACACUGAGGUGAUGUUUCAGUCCAGUGGUCAGGACUCUGUAGUGAAGGUCUGUCUUGACCACCUGGUCUCUGCUGUCAAAGGCAAUAUUGUGUUGGAGGAAUUUCAGCAAUCAUUUGCUGCAGGAAGGAAAAAUUUAAGUGAAGUCCCCAGUCAUCCAACAGAUGCCCCUUUCAAACUGAGAAUGGAGAUGGGACCCCAUGCUGAGCGUCUUGCACCCACGGCAGGGGAGAGAGGGUUCCUGCUGCUGAAUGCUAGUGGCUGUGACCUUACCCUUGCAAUGUCCAGUGUAGAAGGGAUGGUCAGUCUGAUAGAGGAUGAAAUUGUCCCCCCGGCCAUGCCCAUGGUCAUUGAUGUCAAUAACAUAACAGUCACUUUAGAGGAUGAUCGUCCCCCUGUCAAUGUGACGUCCCCAGGAGCUGUGCCCCUGGACCUCCAUGUGGAGCAUGCUAUCAUCUCCAGAACACAAGAUGGUGUGUUCCAUAUCAAGGGUGUCCCUCCUGAUCCACAUGGUACAGAGAAGUCAUCAGAUGAACCCAGCUGUCCAGUAAGCCCAUCAAGUCCAGACAUAAGUCUUCAGUUCCUCCAAGCCACUAUCAGCACACUGCAGAAGGAGAAAGAGGCUUUGAAAGAACAGCUCUGUCUUGUACAGUCCAGAGAAGAUGAGGAAGUAAAAAGGGUAAAAGACAAUGCAGCAAAAUCUCUUCAGGAACUGGAAUCGGAAAAUGAGGCAUUGAGGAAACAGUUUGAGAAGAUCUCUUCAUUCACUCAUUCAGGUGGGCUUACUUAUGGUGAUAAUGGCGCGAUGGAGGAGAUGAAACUGGAGAUCGGUGCACUGAAGGGGGAGAGAACUCAGCUGAUGGAACAGCUGGUGGAUCGAAAUGAAGAAAUUGCUAGUAUGCGACAAGAGCGAGAGUCACUUAUGAAGACUUUACAGCAUCUGCAGGAAGAACUGCUGAAAUCAGAACAUCAAAGAACUGGGAAAUAAUAUUCUGAUAUAAAUACAAAGUAAAGUAAUUGAAAAAACUGAUCAUAUGUACAGGUUGCUUUUUUCUUGCAACCAGGCAGCCAUGCUUGCAUAAUUUUAAGUUUUCGCUAUGCUUUGCCAUUUUCAUACCCCUGAUUUGUUGUGCUUACACUGCCCAGCUUUUCAGACACAGAAUAUGAGGCAAAAUGUAACACAAACAGCUGAGAUAGAAUGAUCAAACACGUUUGAAGUUCCUUGAUGUUGAUGUAGCUGCUUAAAAUGUUUUUUUUUUUUUUUUUUUUUUUUUUUUGUGUCCAGAGUAGAUUUACAUGAGAAAGUGGGACUUUGUUAGCCAGAUCUUAGUGCUGUGUUUUAUAUUUGUAUUUUUGCCUGAAAUGAUUUUUUAAUGCUUUGGGUUGCAUUUUAGUGCCAUGUCACUACAUAUGGUUCUAUAUUACAUUGUAUAUACAUUAGGUGCUUUCAUAUGUUAAUUGGGUUGUGGUAGUAUUUCCAUUUUUCAGCAAAGGUGCAUUUCAAAUCUGGUAGACGCAGGUACCCCCACCCCCACCCCCACCCGCCCCCCAAUUACUGGACAUUAGUAUAUGCACUAAUUAAAUUGGGCAGGAAGAUGGCUGAAUUUAUAUUUAUACCAACAUUUUCAUUAAUCGGUUUUAAUUUUCUCAACAACUUGAUGUUCUCUGUGUGUAAUGUUAAUAAGGUUAACGCUUUCUGCCAUUGUAUUAUGUUCCUGAAAGUAUCUGUUUUAUCAAAGUGGAGCUUUCUGUUGCUGUCAGUGAAAUACACCACGUGCUUAUGUCAAAUGUGAGUAUGUGAUAUAUAUGUAUAUGCACAGUAUGAUUAUACACAGAUUAUGUAAUGUGAUCCUGCAAUCUGUAAUAGUUUUAGAAAUAAAUGUGCCUUGUGUUGUCCAUUUAUCCAUAGGGCUGAGUUCUAAAGAAAUGGCUAGUACACAUGCAACCUGUCAGCUUCAGGCAGUGAUUGAUGUAUUUGUGAUACCCAAAUAUGGUGCUGUUUAGUUAAAACCAUUCAUGGUCAAGGGCUGUCUGCAUGGAGUAGAAGCCUCUUUCAAUGCAUUGCAUUGUCCAUAGUUUCCCAUUUAAAAGAUGAAGUACACCAUUUUCAGACUUGUGAUUUUUUAUAUGUAUUAGAACCGGUCAGUAAACACAUAGGUUAGCAUGUGCUAUUUUAACCUAUGAUUAGAUCUUCCUACAUUUGAUACCGUUUACACUGAAAGAAUUGCAUUAAUGUUGUACAGCUCUUCAUUACUUAUUUUCAUCUUUUAAAAAUUUUUUUACAGCAGUGUGCUUCAGUAAUUUCGCAGUGAUAGCUGAUUAGAUUACGAUGAUGCCUGUUAUGUUCUGUGUGACUUCCCGGUCACUUGUCUCUAUGCCAGAUAUACACAGCCUGGUCUGAUAUAAUUCACUGAGAACUGCUGCUUUUUGUUGACGAAAGCAAUAAUUAAAAAGGCUGUGCAAGGACAACUUGAUAAUGGCACAAAGAGUUAUUGUUAAGAUGCUCAUGGCAGCAAAAAGAAAACUGUUAUGGGGAUCAGUGAGUGACAUAAGAUUUCCCUUUACUAUAUCAUGAACACCAAGAUUUUGGUUAUAUUCAUGUUGAAAGGCAAGGGUUCAUAAAUGUUCCCCUUCAUGUACAAACCUAGUAUUUGCAUAUAUUUAAUUAAGUUAAAGAAGACGAUAUAUCAAGAUGCCUAGAUGACAGGUCCGUCAAAAUGUCUUGUGUCAUUGUUUUUUAACGUUAGAUUUUUUAAUUGUCCUUGAACAGAUCACAAGAAAUCUGUUCCAGAUCUUCUUAGGAACUAUGCUCACUCAAUGAGUGCAAUAUUCUGUACAUUAUCUUGUCAUUCAUCUAAUUAUGUUGAUGUUGUUGUAUUGUUCAACAUGUGAGAAUAAACUGAAAUGUGCAACAAAUGAACUAUUAUACCUCACAUUUUUAAAUUGCACC